CACCGUGCGUAGCCCGGCCACGUAGCAACUAAUGCAGUCUUGCAGAGCACAAACACUUGGAACGAGCAAGCCACAAGGAUUCAGAUUUCAGAGGACAAACCCAAGCAGAGCGUCUGAAAACAUGUCGAACGCCGAGCCGAAGAGCGCCGCUGAGCGGUGGAGGGAGCUCCAGGGUUCGGACCACUGGCGGGGCCUCCUGGACCCACUCGACGCCGACCUCCGGCGCAGCGUCAUCCGCUACGGCGAGCUGGCGCAGGCCACCAACGACGCGUUCAUCCGCGAGCCCUGGUCGCCGCACGCCGGCGCGUCACGGUACAGCCGCGCCUGCUUCCUGGACAAGACGCAGGCGUCGCCUGACCCGGCCGGCCUGUACGAGGUGACCCGGUUCCUCUACGCCACCGCGGGCGCCGCGGGCGUUCCCGAGCGGUUCAUGGCGAAGCCGAAACCCACGAGCGCGCCUCGGGCGGCGUGGAACGGGGAGUCCAACUGGAUGGGGUACGUGGCCGCGGCGACGGACGAUGGCGUGACCGCGCUGGGCAGGCGGGACGUGGUGGUGGCCUGGCGCGGCACGAUGCGGCCCAUGGAGUGGCUGAACGACCUCGACUUCACGCUGGUCCCGGCGGACGGCGUCUUGGCUCCCGGCGACGGGGCGGUGCCGAGGGUGCACAGGGGUUGGCUGUCCAUCUACACGGCGAGAGAGCCGACGUCCAGGUACAGCAAGCUCAGCGCCAGGGAGCAGAUUUUGCAGGAGAUCAGGAGAUUAAUGGACAAGUACAAGGACGAAGACACCGGCAUCACCAUCGUCGGGCACAGCCUGGGAGCUGCUGUCGCGACGCUCAACGCCACCGACAUCGUCUCCAACGUCCUGAAUAACCGACCCGGCAACAACGGCCCUGCGUCGCGCCGUGCCUGCCCCGUCACAGUGGUCGCCUUCGGCUGCCCCCGUGUCGGGGACGCCAGCUUCAAGGCCCUCUUCGACGCGCUUCCCGACCUGCGGCUGCUCCGCGUCUGCAACGCGCCGGACGUCGUCCCCGUCUACCCGCCGAUGGGGUACGCGGAUGUCGGCGUCGAACUGGCCGUGGACACGCGCCGGUCGCCGUACCUCAAGUUCCCGGGGACCCAGGCGGCGUGGCACAGCCUGGAGUGCUACCUGCACGGCGUGGCGGGGACGCAGGGGAGCCGCGGCGGGUUCAGGCUGGAGGUGGACCGGGACGUGGCGCUGGCGAACAAGAACGUGGACGCGCUGAGGGAGGAGUACCACGUGCCGCCGGCGUGGAGUGUGCAGCGGAACAAGGGCAUGGCGAGGGGCGCCGACGGGCACUGGAAGCUGAUGGAUCACGAGGAAGAAGAGGACGACGAUUGACGCGCGCGGCGCUGGGAUCGUAACGCCACGGCCCGUGUGGCUUGAGUCCGCGACGCAGGACGGCCAGCGUGUGCCAAAGUCAUUCUCGUUUGCCUCCUGCGUACAUGCGAGACCGUUGUUUGUGGGUGAUCAUAUUCAGUGUUGCAACCUCCAAGUUUAUUUUUCGGAAUCACGCAGAACAUGCAGGAGGACCAUAGCUAGUGCAGAACGGGGCGAAUGCCCUAUCCUUCUCGCAAACAAAAGAAGAUGUGCCGAUCUCGACGCCAUAAAUCCAAGUUUCCAUUAUCCAACAUGUGGAGUAUCUACACUCUGCAGUCGCCAUCCUUCAGACCGCAGUCGAAGUAAUGCUAUGCCGUGUGCGGUGGCAAGUCAGCUAACGUGCUCUGCAUAUAUGUUUGCUGAAUGCUGAUGCAGACAAGACUGAGAAGUCUGAUCAGCUUUUGGUUCUCUGGAAGGGAGCUCGCAAAGAUUGUGGAGGAGGAGCAUCAACCACCUGAUUGACCUGAUCUACACAAAACGUCGAUUACAUAUUAUGCAGCGUUUCGAUCUGAUUUCGACUGUGACACGACAGGCAACCUCGGCAACGAAUAUCUGACUCUUCGACUGAGAUCCCGGGUUGUUAAAUGUUAAUGCACGCACGCCUUCGUGCUGAUGCAGCAGACCAUGCAUGGGAAUCAAAAUGGAACAAGGUUUGCAAACGCAUGUCUCAUAUGCAGUGACUGAAAAAAAACGAUGCAUAUUGAUCAGCCAGAGGAGACAUGCUCAUACGCAAGACAUCUCAGACAGAUGGAUGGAACGCGGUCCACGUGUAGUAGGUUCUUCAGGAACCGCGGUGCAGAUGUACGCGCCCGGCCGGCACUGACACUGUGAGCCGUGGCCUCCAUGGUCGGUGACCAUCGUCUCUAACACUACCCAAGCGUGGUCACCAUCGCAUCAUCACCGCAGAUUCACAGUCCACAGCUACCACUGUCCGACGCAGCCUGAGCAGAAAAGGUUUCCCCUCCACGGCGCA